AUGACGACUUCACUGGUCUUUCAUCCACGCUGGGCGGACACCUUAACAUACGUUUAUGAAAAAAGCCUGAAUGAAAGUAGUCAGAAUAAAAACCAAGGCAUGGAGGGACUAAGUGGGAAUUGUCCAGCUACGCAUUGCAGAGAACUGAUCUCGCACCCAGCGCUGGAGCGACAUUCGGGUACCAUCACGACUCACCAGGGUUCCGUGUACUCGGAUAGAUCUUCAUCUGACCCAGGACGACAGUGCCCCGCGCCUCAGACGUCGUCCAGUACCUCUUUGAGCUACGGUUACCCAUUUGGAAACCCGUACUAUGGUUGCAGGCUGUCUCAUUCGCACAACGUGAACUUGCAACAGAAGCCGUGCUCAUACCAUCCCUCAGACAAAUACUCCGAGCCCAGCACCGCGCUGCCCACGGAGGACCUUACCAGCAGGGCGAAGGAGUUCGCUUUUUACCCCAGCUUCGCUGGUUCAUACCAGACAGUUCCUGGCUAUUUAGACGUGUCGGUGGUUCCUAGUAUUAGCGCACACCCUGAACCUCGACACGACGCGUUGAUUCCAGUUGAAGGCUACCAACAUUGGGCUCUGUCAAACGGUUGGGAUGGACAGGUGUAUUGUUCAAAGGAUCAAACGCAGUCAUCCCAUCUUUGGAAGUCUCCAUUUCCAGAUGUCGUUCCAUUGCAACCUGAGAUCAGCAGUUAUCGUCGAGGACGCAAAAAGCGUGUUCCGUACACAAAGAUCCAACUGAAGGAACUGGAAAAGGAGUACGCAGCCAGCAAAUUCAUCACCAAAGACAAACGACGACGUAUCUCUUCCACCACUAACCUAUCAGAGCGUCAAGUUACUAUCUGGUUCCAGAACCGCAGGGUGAAAGAGAAAAAAUUUGUCACCAAAUCAAAAGCAAAUAAUCACAUUCACACCUAA